UUUAACAAAAGCAACAAAAUAAAGGUUUAAAAAUUCGGUGAUUUCAACAUAAAGUUCAGAAUCAGAGAAGAAGACAAGUUGAUUUUGAAAGCGGCAGACACAGUCCAGCAGUGAACAACAGCACAGAGGAAGAGGAGGAAGGAAAGUGUGGCAGCUUCAGUGACCAGUCCAAAGGAAAUCUGAGCAACACAACGAGGUAAAGUUCAAGAGGCUGAAGGAAAGAAGCGUGACAAAGACCAGAGGCUCCAGGAUGUCAGUGUCACGGAGUUGUUUGUGCUGUGUCAAAUAUUUGAUGUUCGUCUUUAACCUCAUCUUCUGGCUAGGAGGAUGCGGCUUGUUUGGCGUUGGAGUCUGGCUGUCCUUCACGCAGGCAGAGUUUUCCUCUCUCCCCCUGUCCUUUCCGUCCCUCUCAGCUGCUAAUCUGCUUCUGGUCGCUGGUGGCAUUACCAUGGUGACUGGCUUCCUGGGUUGUCUUGGAGCCCUUAAGGAGCAGCGCUGCCUGUUGUUCAUGUUCUUUGUGAUCCUUUUGCUGCUGGUCCUGACAGAGGUGACUCUGGUGUUGGUUAUACACAUCUUCCAUGACAAGCUGGAUUCCAAAGCACAAGGUGAAUUAAAGGAAGGUAUGAAGAUUUAUAAAUCAGAACCUGGACUGAAAAAAUCCUGGGACAGUGUCCAGAAAAUGUUCAAAUGCUGUGGAGUAACUAACAAAACAGACUGGUAUGAUGUGCUGAAUGGAACGCUGCCCUCAUCCUGCUGCUCUGGUGGGAUAGACCAGUGUGUUGACGGAUGGAGUGAGCCGUGUUAUCAGAAGGCCCGGCAGUGGCUGCUGGAUAACAUCCCCUCAGUCCUGAUGUUCGGAGUAUUUAUUGGUGUUGUGCAGAUCUUGGCCCUGGUGUUCUCCAUGCUGAUGUACUGUCAAAUUCGUUGCGCUGAGAAGCACUUGGACUGACUGCAAAACCAGCUGUUCACUGGCCCGUGGUGGAAAGACUUUUCAUGAACUCCUCAGUAUACCCUAAACUGCUCUACAUUUUCAAAACCUCCGCUCCAGACUGUGGUGCUCCAGUGCUUAGGUUGUGUUCAGACCUGAAAUGGGUGCCUUUCAUAGAACAUGAGGUAUCAGGUUACAAACGCCCCUUAAGACUUCCCAAAAACUAUGUACACAGUCGACACUGGCGGUACGGACAAAGCCAGCAGUAACAUACUGAGGAGGUUGGUUUGUAUCAGCAAUAUAAAUAUAUAUAAUAGAAUCCAACAGCCUCCAUACAAAACAAUGAAUGCAGAGUGACCUGAGGGGAAAUACUGGGUCCAAUGUUGUCUUCAAAUUCAAAAACAAAAAGACACACAUAUCUGCCUCUCCUGUCUCUCCCCUUAGUUUAGUGUGAAAUUUGUUAUAAAUGAUGCUAUACUGUAAAUUCUGCAUUCUGUAACUCAGUAAGACUGCAAGAAAAGUGUAACUUCGCUCACCAUUCAUAACUUCAUUAUUAUCCGUCCACGUUGCCAAGAAGAGAAGAGAGGGCCCUUAACUUUAUAACCUGCUGGUUCGGUUUGUGUGUUAAGUCGAGCACUAUAAUGGUGGGACAUGCUUUUGACAAGCAGGGCCAUGUAAAAAAAAUAGCACACAGAAGAAAAUAUUUUUUUAUGUGGCACUUAGUUCACUUUAAUAAUUUGCUUUGCCUUGUAUAUUAUUCCUAUACUACAGUAUAUGAGCACUUUGAACAUAUCUGGUUCAGUGACUUUACAGAUUUACAGUCCUUUAUUUCAGUUUAUUUUAUCUAAUCAUCACUGCAGUAUUUUUGAAUAUUCCUAUUGUAACUCAUGGUUAUUUCUCUGGCAGUUGUUAUUGUCCUUAUUUACAGUUUAUCCAAUUGUCUAUCUUUUUUUAGAGCAUAUACUGUAAUAUAUGUAGCUCAAUAGUAUAUAUGAUAUUUUUCUCAUUCGGCAUUAGUAUUAUAUUAUAGAGUGUAAACCAAAGAGUUUUUUCAGAGUCAAGCGACUCUCCACAUAAGGAAAAAGAUUUGUUUGCCAGUCAACGGUGGUAAUGGAUUAAUAUAAUUCAACGCUGCCACCAGUUUACCAACAUCAAAGUACUGGCCUCAGUCUACAUGAACCCAGGGGUGCAUUUAUGAACCGGAUCCUGGACUUGUGUUUACUUUAACAUUGGAAAAGGAUACAGCCAGCAUUCCACAGCACAGGCAGUGUGGCAGUGUGAAAAAAUAUAUGUUAUUAGGUCUAGCAGCUGUACAGACCACAACACACAGGCCUUCCCUGGACCCUGGUGAGCUCCACUAGCUUUCCGCUCACUGAACUGGGUGGUUAGGUCGGCCCCAUUCUUGUGUCGCCAACUGUGAACCAAACUCGGUGUUGGUUUUAGUUUAUUUAGGUAACAUAUCCAAACCAAACGAGAUGAGAGUUAGCAUUCAUUGUUCAUCAGCCUCAACAAACCAGUUCCUUGCAAUCAGCAGCACACCACUCUCCUCGCUUCUUCCUCUCUCUCUCUCUCUGAUUAUACAACUAAUCUUUUUUUAUCCAACAUAACAAAAGUAGCCACAGCCUGAUAAAACGGUGAAAAAUAAAAAAACAUACUGCUGCGCUGUCUGACAUUUAAGGGCGGUUUGUUCUGAAACUAACCAACUUUUUUUUUUUGCUGUGUGUGAUAUGCUGUGAUAAGUAAAACGCUCACCAUGUUCACUACAAUACAGGAAUAUAUCAUUCAAUGCAGCAGGGGUCGAUGAUUUUAAUAAUGUUUGGACAGUGGAGUUUAAUGGCACAGAGCCCACUAAUACAAUAUCCAUGAUUCUUUGUUGUUUUUAUCUCUUAAAGUGAACUGUUGCUAAUAAAAAGAAGUAAUGCUAGCCAUAUCAUUUAAGAUCAUUUCCCAUGGUGUGCUUUAGGUGAUUCAUACAACAGUUAUGUCUGCUUCUUUGGAAGAAGUGCAGCUGAAUCUCAAACUUGGAUUUUUUUAUUAUGAUUUCAUUGGAUUAAGUCCUACACUCAUUACUGGGGGCUACUGUAGCACAAAUAUUUCUCAAAACAGACUGAAAGCUACUUAGAGGCCACUCUCUUCUGUCAUGUGGGCCUGGCAGAUCAAAGCAGGCUGUGUAAUCGAUAACGGGCCACUCUCGCCUUUCUUUCUGAACUGUCAUUGGUCUUCACUUCCAAUUUUUAACUCCCACAUACUCCUAAACCAUCCACUAAAAUUAGCUUCUGAAUACAUUUGAGGUGAGAAAUGGAAGUGCAGUUGAAGAAUUAUUAUGCUUAACACAUCUCUGGUGUGGCUCACGUUCGACCCAGCUGAAUCAAUUCCCUGAAAUUGUCCCUGACUUAAAUCAUGUUAUGAAAACAGUGUGAUAUAGUCUGUGGACGUUCUUUAGAUUAUAUUUAAAUGUAUUGUCCCAGAGGAAGAUUUCUUUUCAAGGCCAGUCCAACACAGAAUCAUAUUGAUAUAUAAUAUACAUGUGUGCACUCCUCCUGAAGCGAGCGCUCCUCCAUUUCACAGACCUGUAUCUCUGACCAGACGGCAGCAAUGUGAAGUGAUGAUUGAGUGCUCGGCGUGUGAUGGCGCUUCUUGUCUGAGAGACUGGGUGUGGGAUGGUGGGUGAUGUCGGUCUCUUGCUUGUAUGUUAGUGCGCUUCUUUGAACUAAGGUAAUGCAACUAUUAAAAACGUACAGUGCAGAGCUUAAUGUCUCAUAGCAAUGGUAUGUAAAAUGCCUUGUAAUAAAUAACUUAAUAAACACUCAAGUCACGAGUAUAUUCUGUACAGCUUAAUACCUUGUAAAAUGGCUUUACAACCUGAACCAUGAUCAGGCUCCCUUAGGCUGCAGAGGUUUUAGGUUGAGGGUUUUUCAAUAGAGCACUCCAUACUGAAAUCUGGACAGUCUGGCAGAGGUUAUUAGUGCAGGUUUGUGCAGCAUUGUGGUUUCUGUUCUUCCUGUUACUCUCGUUUCCCUCACAGAGAUAUUGCUGUAAAUAAAUAGUUAUUGUAUUGA